AUGGCUUUUUUCGGAGUCAGCACGAACUUAAUUAACUGCGGAACUCCAAGUCCAAGUCAAAAUGCAGAAAGCUGCGAAAUGAGUCCUUUCCAGGCCCUCCUGGUGGCCCGCGAAGUUCGCCUGCGAGGCGCUGCUGCAGCGCAGCGAAACUUCGCCCGCCUCCAGCUCGAGUACAGCAGCGCCUACGCAGCCUACCAGCAGCUCCAGGCCGAUGUUGCUGCUAAGGCCGCAGCUGUGGACUCUUAUUUCGAAGGCCAAGAAGCAGCAGCAAAAGAAGUUUGCGAAAAAGCUGCUGCAGCAAAAGUCCUGCAACUUAAGGAAGGCGGCAACGACUACACCCACCCCAAAUACGCAGCUCUUGUGGCUGGUCUCAGCUCAGACCGCCGGAAAGCUGUAGAUGAGCUGUUGGUUCCUUACUUGACUUUCUUGAACGAACUGACAAGUGCAGAAGACGCGCUUUGGGCGAAACACGGGGCUCUUCAGGCUGCCCAAGAAGUUUACAAGUUGUGGGGUGUGGAGCUGCAGGCUGCCGACUGGCAGCUGCAGUCGAUGCCUGCAGAGCCGCAGCUUUCUUCAGAAAAAAGUUUGGCAGAAAUUCGCUACUUGGCGCAGCGCGUGGCGGAAAUUCGAAAAAAGAAAAUCUUAAAAAGAAAAAAAGAAAAAACUGUUGUGAGACAUUUAGUGGAAGAGACACAAGUCCAAGACAGCAGCAACGAGCCGCAGGCCACGCAGGUAAUGCAAAUUUGUAAACUCUACAGUUUUAGUCCAAAUACAGCAGCAGCAGCAGCAGCAGAUGUAGCAGCAGCAGCAGCAGCAGAUGUAGCAGUAGCAGCAGCAGCAGCAGAUGUAGCAGCAGCAGCAGCAGCAGAAGUAGCAGCAGCAGCAGCAGCAGCAGCAGAAGUAGCAGCAGCAGCAGCAGCAGCAGAUGUAGCAGCAGCAGCAGCAGCAGAUGUAGCAGCAGCAGCAGCAGCAGAAGUAGCAGCAGAAGCAGCAGUAACAACGACAAGAGCAGCAACAGCAGCAGCAGCAGUAGCAGCAGCAGUAGCAGCAGCAACAGGAGCUGCAGCAACAGCAGCAAAAAUAGUGGCACCUGCUGCAGCAAUUCUAGUUUAUAAAUGCCUAUUUAAUUUAUAA